CUUUAUGGAGUGCGGAUGGCUUCGAAACUAUUGAACCUAGUCUUGUGCUUGUGCUGGCUGCUUGCCCAGACGCAGGCAGAUUCGGCAAAGGAUAAGAACGCAAAGGAGGUGGACGACAACUGGUGGCGUAAUGAGGUCUUUUAUCAGAUCUAUCCCAGAUCCUUCAAGGACAGCAAUGGCGAUGGCAUUGGUGAUCUGAAGGGCAUCACCUCCAAGCUGCCAUACUUUGUGGAGACAGGCAUCACGUCCAUUUGGCUGAGCCCCAUUUACUCGUCGCCCAUGGUGGACUUCGGUUACGAUAUUUCUGACUACAGGGACAUUCAUCCGGACUACGGUACUUUAGAUGACUUUGAUGAACUUAUCGCCGCCGCCAAUCAGCUGGGAAUCAAGAUCAUUCUUGACUUUGUGCCCAAUCACAGCUCUGACCAACAUGACUGGUUCAAAAAGUCCGCUGCUAGAGUCCCUGGCUACGAGGAUUUCUAUGUCUGGGAAGAUGGCACUGAAGAGAAUGGUGUACGCAAGCCGCCCAACAAUUGGGUGUCCGUGUUCUCUGGCUCCGCCUGGGAGUGGCACGAUGAGCGGAAACAAUUUUAUCUGCGUCAAUUCACCAAGGGACAGCCCGAUCUGAAUUAUCGUAAUCCUGCUGUGCUGCAGGCCAUGGACGCUGUUCUGACCUACUGGCUGAAACGGGGCGUGUCCGGCUUCCGCAUCGAUGCCGUCAUCUAUGUCUAUGAAGAUAAGCAGCUGCGUGACGAGCCAUUGAGCGGAGCCACAAGCGAUCCCAACUCCGUUGACUAUCUGGACCACAUCUAUACUAGAAAUCAAGAGGAAAACUACGGCCUAAUUCAGCAUUGGCGCAAACUGCUCGAUGACUAUUCGGCAAAAUAUGGAGGACCAGCGCGAAUUAUGAUGACCGAGGGCUAUGCGGAGCUGUCGCAAGUAAUGGAGUACUAUGAGGACGAGAAUGGCGUGCAGGGCUCCAACUUCCCCUUCAACUUUGACUUUAUAACCGAGCUGAACUCAGAGUCGUCGGCUCCGGACUUUGUCUUCACUAUUCAGAGAUGGUUGACCUACAUGCCGCCUGGACACGCGGCCAACUGGGUGAUGGGCAAUCAUGACAAUCCCCGUGUUGCGUCCAGAUAUGGUGCCAAGUCGGUCGACGCCAUGAACAUGCUAUUGAUGACUCUACCGGGCAUUGGCAUUACCUACAAUGGUGAGGAGCUGGGUAUGGAGGACUAUCGUGACAUUAGCUUUGAGGAUACAGUGGAUCAGCCCGCAUGUGAAGCUGGUAAGGAUGACUACAAGUGGAUUUCCCGCGAUCCCGAGCGCACGCCAAUGCAGUGGAGUGACGAGAAGAAUGCCGGCUUCUCCACGGCCGAUUCCACCUGGUUGCCAGUGCAUCCUAACUAUCAGGAACUGAAUUUAGCCAAUCAGCAGUUGGCACCGUCCAGUCACUAUAAGGUCUACCAGUCCCUGAUCAAGCUGAGGAGCUCUAAGGUGCUAAAGGACGGUACAUAUACCGCCCAGGCUCUCAAUAGACGUGUUUUUGCGCUCAAGCGCGAGCUGAGGGGCCAGCCCAGCCUGUUGACCGUCAUAAACGUGAGCAAUCGCACCCAGCAGGUGGAUGUCAGCGACUUUAUCGAUUUACCCAAUCGCCUUACUCUUCUGGUUGUCGGAGUCAAUUCCCAGUACAGAGUGGGCGAUCGUCUCAAGCCAGAUGAAAUCAGGCUGACGCCCUACGAAGGUUUAGUUAUACAGCUUAAGCCCAGCAAAUAACUUAGCAUAUUGCGAAUGCUACAAAUAAAGUUUAUUAUGAAAA